AUGAUUGCUAAUUAUACAUGUAACAAGACUGAUGGAGACAAUACAGAUUUUCGGUACUUCAUUUAUGCAGUAACAUACACUGUCAUUCUUGUGCCAGGGCUCAUAGGGAACAUAUUAGCCUUGUGGGUAUUUUAUGGCUAUAUGAAAGAAACCAAAAGGGCUGUGGUAUUUAUGAUAAAUUUAGCUAUUGCUGACUUAUUGCAAAUUCUUUCUCUGCCACUGAGAAUCUUUUACUACUUGAACCAUGACUGGCCAUUUGGUCCUGGCCUCUGCAUGUUUUGCUUCUAUCUGAAAUAUGUUAACAUGUAUGCAAGCAUAUACUUCUUGGUCUGCAUCAGUGUACGAAGAUUUUGGUUUCUCAUGUACCCCUUUCGUUUCAAUGACGGCAAGCAGAAAUAUGACUUGUAUAUCAGCAUUGUUGGCUGGUUGAUCAUCUGCCUUGCCUGCCUACUUUUUCCUCUCCUCAGAACCAAUGAUGAUACCCCAGGCAACAGAACCAAAUGCUUUGUGGAUCUUCCUACCAGGAAUGUCAAUUUGGCCCAAUCUGUUGCCAUGAUAACCAUUGGAGAAUUGGUUGGGUUUGUUACUCCUCUCCUGAUUGUCCUGUACUGUACAUGGAAAACAGCUUUAUCAUUACAAAACAAAUACCCCAUUUCUCAACAUCUUGGAGAGAAAAAGAAAGCCUUGAAGAUGAUUCUGACUUGUGCAGGGGUAUUUCUAAUUUGCUUUGCACCUUAUCACUUCAGCUUUCCUUUAGAUUUCCUGGUUAAAUCCAAUGAAAUUAAGAGCUGUGUAGCCAGAAGAGUGAUUCUAAUAUUUCAUUCUGUGGCCCUAUGUCUGGCAAGUCUUAAUUCCUGCCUUGACCCAAUCAUAUAUUAUUUUACCACUAAUGAGUUCAGAAGACGUCUUUCAAGACAAGAUUUGCCUGAUAGCGUCCAACUCCAGACAAAAUCAUAUAAAAUUGUGAGUAACCAUACCACUUCCACGGUGACAACUAGACUAUGCUAA